UGGAUGAGACACUGACUGAAACUACUAUUGGAAUUCUGCCGCCGUCGAAGUCCCAGAAACAAGCACCAUGAAGAUAAAUCUUCUCCUGACUCUGGGGCUCGUUCUAAUCUCUGCCCUCCAUGCCCAUGGCUUAGCAUAUGAUAAAAAUGCAGAUUGGCAAGAGUUUUCAGGACAUUGGAGGUCCAUUCUCUUGGCUUCAUCGGAUCAUCAGAGGAUAAAAGAAGGAGGUGACAUGAAGUUUUUCAUAAACAAAAUAAAAUCGCAUAAGGAUAAUGUUGUAUUCGACUUAUUCCUUAAGGAAGGUGAAAAGUGUGUCCCAUAUGCAAUGUCUGCUAAGAAAGAAAAAGACAGUAAUGUGCUAUACGUGCAAUAUGAAGGAGAAAAUCGGAUCUACAUCCGUAACCGUGACGGAAGUCAAGCUCUUCUCUUAAUUACAAGGAACAUUCAAGAAGGAAAAAAGACUACAAUAGUAGAACUUUAUGGACGGAGCAAAGAUGUAAGUGAAAAAAUGGUAACAGACUUUAAUAAUGUUUGCAAACGUAAUGGAAUCCCUGAAGAUAAUAUCAUUGACAUGACCAAAGAUGAUGAAUGCUACAGAAAUAAGGAACAGUAGUUAUCACAAGCCUACAGUAAAACCCAAGAUGUACUUCUACGAUCUGCUGGAAUUCACCCUGGCUUCAGAAAAAUCACCUAUUAGUCUACAGAUAAUGAAAUCGUCCAUAUGACUUCUAGUAUGUCACUCUUCUUUCUCAGAGUCAUCCAUCCUUUUGUGUCUACGCUGAUCCCUGGAUAAUACCUUUUCCUAUAUAUGCUCAAUAAAUGAUUCAAUUUAU